AUGCCACGACGACAACAGGCGAAGCCUGUCAAGAAGGUCAAGAAGAAGAGAGCAACUGGCAAGCCUGUCAAGAAGGUCAAGAAGCCGUGGAAUAAAGACCGGAAGCAAACCGUGGCCGACUCCAGCAAUGUGUUUAUAGAGUAUGAGGAUUUACAGCUGUUCUGGGCCUGUCUGCUGUUUUGCUGCGGACCAGUGUAUCUUGCUGCAGUGUGGCUCACGAUGUGCACCAGCCGCCGCAUUUCAGAGAUUUUACGAGUCAGAGGCCGGGAUUUUCACUUGGAUGGCGGUGGCUUCUGUGAUGACCCUCAUGUGCUAGUCAAAGAGAGGCCGCAGGAUAAAAAGAAACCGGGACUUGGCAAAAUACGUGGCAAAGUGGCUAUUGCCCGUCUUUCCAAAACCACCAUCUCCACCAUUCGCACGAUCCUGGCAGAAGGACUACCUUGGGCCUGCUGGCCUAUUCUGGAGAAAUACCAGUCCUCGCACGGCGAGAUGUUCGCGAAGAACAAGCCGACGACAAAGAAGACCUUCCAGCCAGGAGCUCUAGAGAAAGACAGCUUAUGGUUUCCUGCCCUCAGAACAUCCAAAACAUCGUGGAUGUCCCGCCAGAGCUGCUGGAACGCAGUGGCAAAAACUCGGGAAUUCAUGUAUGGGUUAACAGGCAAGCGGUGCUUUAACCCGGAUGCUAUCUUUAACGGCUCCCACACGACCCUGCACGGGGCAACAAGACACACAGCCGCAACGCUUUUGCUGUUCAAUCCUGGAGCCGUGCAACAGGAGCCGCCUUCCGAAGCUGCUGUCUUGAAUGUACAACAGCGCGUUGAUGUAUCGACCUUCCGCAGGCACUACACACACUGCAGAGUGUCACAAGUCAGGAAGGCGGUGGAAUACGCAGCUGUUCCCUUAAAGGAGAUGCCUUCUGCAGGGGCAGACAAUGGGCACUGUGAAGAUUCGCAGGAAGUCUCACGUGAGGCUGCUAGCAGCAGUUCCUCAGCCCAACUACCAGCUACUGCGAAAAGAGGAGCACCUCCUGCAGAACAGGUUCAUGAUGACGAGGUUCAUGAGGACGCGGUUCAUGAGGACGCGGAAGAGCCAGCAGCUCAUCAACCUGGGGCUGCGAAGAAGUGCAGCCGAAAUGCGUGGAGAAAGGUGCAACGUCGUGCGGGGAAGAAGAAGCACGAUGAGAAGUUUCACUUCUUUCUCUAG